AUGUACUUUAGUUAGAAAUUUGGAGAGGAUGACUCUUCAAACUAAUUUAAUUUUUAGGAAAAUCCAUCAUCAAGGAUCUUUUCUUAAUAAGAUUAUGAAAUAGUAAGUAUUAUUAAUAUAGAAUAUUUAGAGAACAGACCCUUAUGUAACAUAAACUUAGAUGAUAUCCAGCCUAAUCAAUCCGAAAAAUGAAAAGUUUUGCUUUAAGAAUUUUCCUAAGCUCUUGGGGAAUAAAUUGGUCAAGAAAAUACGUAAAGAAGCUAAGGUUCCAAAUGGAAUCCAAACUCUCAAAGAAAAACGAGCUAAGACUCGAUAAUCAGAAAUUAAAAUACAAGAUUUAUAGUAAGUUUGUAAAACUGAUGAUGUUUCAAGAUAGUAUUUUCAAAUCUUUGUUGGUUAUGACAUGUUUUUACAUGUCUUAAAUAGUAACAAAAUUGAGGAUCCUAUCCGUCUUAUACCUGUUAUUAGUAAUUAUUGGGCAGCAGCCAAUGAGCCUGAUAAAAUGAUAAGCAACUCCUUAAUGAAUAAAUACUUUUAAUCCUAAUGA